UCCAAAUCAACAUCCAAACACUCCAAAUCCAAUCCCUACAAAACCCAUUUCUAAAAUCCCAUUCCCAAACAAGCCCGCCUUCUAUUUUCCUACAAUACCUGAAAAACUCAUGUUGUCUCUCACCAAAAAAGGCUCUAACAGUCACCAAAAUGCUAAAACACACCCCCAAGAAGCCAGAUUUUGUCCUCACCUUCUUCAAAUCUCAUGGGUUCUCAGAGGCAUUUUUAUGCCAUUGAGAAUGGCAAAUCUCAAUCUAUCACAGUUCAAGAAAGCACAAAGAUUGAUAAGAUCAGCCGACGGAUGUGAUUUUGCAUCUCUCUCUUUCUAUCUAUCCAUGGCCAUUAGAUCCACUAGCAAAAGCCUCUCCUUCAAUCUUCUCACCAAUGACAGUUCUGGCGAUGCUGCAACCUUCAUCCACAGUAUGAUCUCUGAUUUGGCCCAUGACGAUGCCGCAUCACAGGAUCCUCCACUUCUAUCCAUUCACAAACGCCGACGCCGGCGGAACAAAGGAUCGAAGAAGACGUCCAGCUCGCUUCCAUCUCCUGUAGAUCGUAAUGGCCCUCACGUGGAUGGAUUUGAAUCUCAUUGCAAUGGACAGAGCAUCUGCGAUCCCCUGAUUUCAAGAACUAGAACAGCCGUCAAGAUAGUGGUUAGUAUAUUACAGGUUAUGGUUUUCAAUGCGGAGAAGUUCUGUGAUCUUACAGAGGCAUUUGGGAUGUAUGAAGAAGGGUCCGGAUGUAUUACGCCGAAGAGUAUAAUCGAUGCAGUUUUUUGGCUUCACGUUGUAUUCACGCGCGUGGAAUACUGUGGUUGCCUACUCCGAACCAAACACCAUACAUGUCACAUCACACCCUUUAAUACCAUACAAUACACCCACAAACGCGAAUCCAAACAUGCCCUUAGUUUGAGGUAUUUGAAUGAAUUGUCACUUGUUGUGUGCUGUGUUCUCACCUCUUUGCCACCACCUCCUUUGAUGAUUUAG